AUGAGAGAGUACUAUGCGCAUCAGAUCCAGACAAGGCCAUCAGAGGGUAUGACAAUCAUAAAGUCGGGAAGAUUGCUUCAUCAAUAUAUUGUAGACACUUAUACAGCAACCGAGCAGGAGAGAUUGCGCUUCAUCAGACUUAACCAGAAACAGCUGAGGGCUGAGUUAUAUACAAACAUCUGUGAUGCAUUGGAGAGUGGAGAUACCGAUGCAAGCAAGCUUGGGACAAAAGUUAUCUUGCCUUCUUCUUUCACUGGAAGCCCUCGAUACAUGUCUGAGAAGUAUCAAGAUGCCAUGGCUAUUUGUCGUUGGUAUGGUAAUCCCAAUUUAUUCUUCACGUUCACAGCAAACCCAAAUUGGGUUGAAGUGAAGGAGCAUCUUGAAGUAUACGGAGGGGACUUAGCAAACAACAGACCAGACCUUGAGUGCAGAGUUUUUAAACUCAAACUGGAGGAGCUUAUGUCAGACUUUAAGAAAGGCGUUUUUUUCCCUAAACCAGCUGCAUUUGUUUACACCAUAGAGUUCCAGAAGCGCGGCCUCCCACACGCGCAUAUCCUUCUUUGGUUCGAGGGAUUCAAAGGAGAAGCCACAGCUGAAGUCAUCGACAAAUAUAUCUCGGCCGAGCUACCUAACAAGGAAACAGACAAGGAAGGUUUUGAGUUGGUUGAACGCCACAUGAUCCAUGGGCCUUGCGGGAAGCAACGGCGUCUGUCACCGUGCAUGGAGAAAGGCGAAUGCACGAAGAAAUUCCCUAAACCCUAUUCGAACAAUACAAAGAUCGACAAAUCUGGCUUCGUUAUCUACAAACGGCGCACUGAUGAUGGAUCAUCUGUUCUGAAAGGUGAUAUAGAGUUAGACAAUCGCUAUGUUGUGCCUCAUAACCUCUCUAUACUCAAGAAAUACAAAACACACAUCAAUAUUGAGUGGUGUUGCAAAACAAGCGCAAUAAAGUACCUCUUCAAAUACAUAACGAAGGGGGUGGAUCGAGCAUUGGCUCUGAUGGAGCAGACUGGUGAGCAUAGGCUGGUAUACAAGCAGGACAAGAGUAUAGCGGAAGUUCUCUCCAAAGAAGAUAUAGAGAAGACGAUGUUGACUGCGUAUUUUGUUGCCAACCAGAAAUACGAAGAAGCUAGAGAGCUUACUUACAUUCAGUUCCCCUCUCGGUUUGUCUACCAUUCUGACGACAAAACGUGGACACCCAGGAAACAUGGGACAGCUAUAGGCAGACUUAUCUACGUACAUCCAACCGCAGGAGAUAAAUACUAUCUUAGAAUCCUUCUAAAUGUGGUCAAAGACGCUUUCGACUUUGAAGAUCUCUGCACCGUAGGUGGUACGACAUUUAAAGAGUUCCGUGAUGCGUGCUAUGCGCGUGGGUUGCUAGAUGACGACAAGGAAUGGCACGAUGCAAUAGUUGAACCAUCCUUCUGGGCAACAGGUCGUCAACUAAGGUCCUUAUUCGUCCUUAUUUUGCUUUACUGUGAAGUUGGAAAUCCACUGAAACUUUGGAAUCAUACCUGGAAGAUAUUGGCUGAAGAUAUUCUAUUCAUGAAACAGAGAGAAUUCAACUUCGCAGGCUUGCUUCUGCCUGAUCCGCAGCUGCAAGAAUAUACGUUGAUUGAGAUCGAGCGGCUUCUCAAAGAAAAUGACAAAUCCCUAGCUGAUUUCGCUGGGAUGCCAAAGCCAAACCCGAAUGUUCUCAAGGAAAUUUCAAACACUGUAUUGCGUCAAGAGCUUAGCUAUGACACUGAGAAAGAAGCAGCUGAGCAUGAUAAACUGUUUAGCACCAUGAAUGAAGAUAAAAAAACAUAUACAGUGCGGUAA